AUGACGGCCUUGACAGAGAAACUGAGAGACGAACUGAGAGGCAACGCCAGAAUCCUCGCCGACGUUGGGCACGAUCCACGAAGCGUAGCAACGCGGCCGCAGAGCAUCGGCAACAUGUCUCACGCCAAGAAGACCAUCAUCAGCACCAACGAGACGGACAGGGCCGUGUCGAUAUGGCGCCUCGGCUUCCUCCUACAGCUCGAGGACCAUGGCCUUAGACAGCAUUGGAAGUCCAUCAGAAAGCUCUCUCGAGUGCUCCGGCACAUCCACCGCCAUCUCCGCGAUGGCAAGACUCCCGGCGCCCACGCACGAGCGUGGGUUGCCUACCUCCAGACAGUAGCACCAGCCUACCAACAAGCUGUCGAAACUGCGAUUCUGGCGAUCCCUUGA